GCCUGACGUUAUUUGCAGAGGGAUGCACUGUUGGCAGGUGGUGCACGUAAAUAAGGAAGGACUUAACCCCCACAAGAUUGAAGUAAAAUCUCGCCCAGUGAGAAUUCAUCGGACUGUUUUAUUUGUUCAUAAAAGAAGACAUGGCCACUGAAGUUUCUAUAACCCCGCCGCAAAGUCCGGAGAAGAAAAUUGGAAAUGAAGAGGAAGACGACGUGGUGGAUCCGUGGAACGUCGUCAGCAAGUCUCAAACCGGGGUCGAUUACGACAAAUUAAUCAAGAAAUUUGGAAGUUCCAAGGUAGAUGCUGAACUGCUACAAAGGAUUGAGAAGGUAACGGGGAAACGACCCCAUCACCUCUUGAGGAGGGGCAUGUUUAUGUCCCACAGAGACAUGCACACUAUUUUGAAUGAAGUUGAAAAAGGAAAGCCGUUUUAUUUGUACACUGGUCGUGGUCCAUCUUCUGAUGCGAUGCAUAUGGGUCAUCUUAUACCUUUCUUCUUUACCAAGUGGCUUCAGGAGGUAUUUGAUGUACCCUUAGUUAUCCAGCUAACUGAUGAUGAGAAGUUCCUUUGGAAAGAUCUCGACAUGGACAAAGCCAGAAAGCUUGCAGUUGAAAAUGCUAAAGACAUAAUUGCUUGUGGAUUUGAUGUUGAUAAGACCUUCAUAUUUGCUGAUUUGGACUUCAUAGGUCAAUGUCCGGAAUUCUAUCAGAAUAUGGUGCGCAUUCAGAAAUGUGUGACAUUUAAUCAGGUGAAAGGUAUCUUUGGAUUUGGGGACAGCGAUUGCAUAGGAAAGAUCAGUUUUCCUGCGGUUCAGGCUACUCCUUGUCUCUCUUCCUCAUUUCCAUUUAUAUUUAAUAAGGCAAAACUACCUUGUCUUAUUCCUUGUGCAAUUGAUCAGGAUCCUUACUUCAGGAUGACUAGGGAUGUUGCACCACGUCUUGGGGCCCAGAAGCCUGCUCUGAUUCAUUCAGUGUUCUUCCCUGCUCUACAAGGAGCCAUGACCAAAAUGUCUGCUUCGGAUAAUAACUCUGCUAUUUUUCUAAAUGACACACCCAAACAAAUCAAGAACAAGGUUAACAAGCAUGCAUUCUCUGGUGGGCAAGCCACUAUUGAAGAGCACAGAGAGAAAGGUGGUAACUGUGAUGUUGAUAUAGCUUACCAGUAUCUCACCUUCUUUUUAGAAGAUGAUGAAAGACUAGAGCAAAUUCGGAAGGAUUACUCUAGUGGUGCUAUGCUGACUGGUGAGAUAAAGAAACUUCUUAUUGAUACAAUCACUCCGAUUGUCACUGAACAUCAAGAGCGAAGAAAAACUAUCACAGACGAAACUGUAAAAGAAUUUAUGAGGCCUCGGAAACUAAAGUAUACCUAUUAAGUAAAAUGGAAAUUGAUGAUGUCUUCUUAUUUUAAUAUUGACAUUAUUUGAUGGUACUGUCAAAUAUUGUACUUACUGCUAUCAAUUAUUUCAAAAUCAAUUGGCAGGGCUUUAUCCUUUUUGUAGGGUUACCCAUGUCUCUUUUUGAGAAAAGUAUUUGGACAGUAUUUAACAGUUUUGUAGGAAGUGGACAUCUGUUUGAGAAUGAAUGUAUUUAUUUAUUGAUGGAAUUUAGAACGUGAUGAAUUGCUGUAAACAAGGAAGAUUGCACUUACUUAGCCAUUAAAAAAUGUCUUGUAAGGAAAAUAAACUUUUCUGUGAUCAUAAUGGUUGCUGACACAUUUCAA